AUGGACAAACUUCGAGUUGCAAUUCUAAUUGUCUCCGACACAGCCUCGGCGAACCCCGCAUCCGACAAGGUUGUUGAUGCUUUGACGCCCAUCUUCGCUGCAGAGGGCAAGUGGGAAUCCCCCGCAUUCAGGAUCGUCCCGGAUAACGUGGGCCAGAUCCAACAGUGCGUCUGCGAGUGGGCUGAUGGCCCCAAUUGGUAUAACCUCAUUCUGCUCAGCGGAGGAACUGGUUUUGCAAUCAAGGAUACUACCCCGGAGGCAGUGUUCCCGCUGAUUCAACGCCAUGCCCCAGGAUUAGUGCACGGCAUGAUUGCUGCCUCCUUGAAAGUGACUCCCUUUGCUAUGAUGGCCAGACCAGUUGCGGGUGUUCGUGACAAGUCGUUGAUUAUUACUCUACCUGGAUCUCCAAAAGGGGCAAUGGAGAACCUUGACGCUGUUGUGAAGCUUUUGCCACAUGCCUGUAUGCAGGCUGCUGGUGCCAAUUCACGAAACCUCCAUGCUGGAGGCAUGGCAAAACUGGAAUCAGAGGCAGGUGUCAGCGCUCAAAAGGACAAGCAUCAGCAUCAGCAUAACCAUCAUCAUCACCACCACCAUCAUGGCCAUGAUCACGGUCACGGACACAAGGUCCCAAAGGCACAUACAUCGCCGUCAGAAAGACCUCAGUCCAACGACCCAAACGCAGGUCCUAACCGGCGCUAUCGGUCCUCUCCCUACCCAAUGCUGUCCGUAGAUGAAGCACUACGCCGAAUUAACGAGCAGACCCCCGACCCAGAGGUCGUCGAAGUCCCAGUGACUACGUCCUUGAUCGGUUCAGUCAUUGCCGAAGACGUUUACGCCGCCGAGGCUGUCCCAGCCUACCGAGCUAGUAUCGUGGAUGGCUAUGCAAUCAUUGCACCGGACUCUAGCACCACCGGCCCGUCCACGAAGGGUGUCUUCCCCGUAGCUUCAAUCACCCAUGCCAAUGUCGGCGGAAACCUAGAGCCAUUGCAACUGGGCACCAUCGCUAGAAUCACCACCGGUGCUCCCCUCCCCCCGAACGCAAAUGCUGUAGUCAUGGUCGAAGACACAACCUUGGACAGCUGCACGCCGGAUGGCAAAGAAGAAGCGACCGUCGAAAUUCUCACUGACGACAUCGAGCCCGGCGAGAACGUUCGCGAACCUGGCAGCGACGUCUCACUAGGCUCUAAGAUCCUCGCAAGAGGCGAUCUGAUCUCCCCCGUCGGUGGAGAGAUCGGCCUGCUAGCCUCAACCGGCACAAAGACCAUCAAGGUCUUCCGCAAACCACGCGUAGGCGUCCUAAGCACGGGCGAUGAGCUGGUGGAACACAACGACCCCCGCCCCCUCACAGGUGGCCAGAUCCGGGACUCAAACCGCCCAUCUCUCAUCUCUUGCCUGACCUCAUGGGGUUUCGAAACCAUCGAUCUAGGAAUCGCUCGCGACACCCCAGCCAGCGAACUAGAACACGCACUCCGCGACUCCCUCCGCGGCGUAGGCCGCGCCUCGUCCAGCGUCGACGUGAUAAUCACGACGGGCGGUGUCUCAAUGGGCGAGCUGGAUCUCCUCAAGCCGACAAUUGAACGCUCCCUCGGCGGCACCAUUCACUUCGGCCGAGUCUCCAUGAAACCAGGAAAACCAACCACCUUCGCGACAGUCCCCUUCAAACCCACCGGCGACGCAGAAGCAACCUCCUCACAAUCCGAACGCCAAUCAAAACUCAUCUUCUCCCUCCCCGGUAACCCGGCCUCCGCCCUCGUCACUCUCAACCUCUUCGUGCUACCUUCACUGCACAAGCUCACGGGUCUGGGUCAUAGUUCCCAGGCUCUGAGCUCGAGGCCUUGGCUUGCGCCACAGCUUGGUCUUCCGCGUGUUGCGGUUGUCCUAACGCAUCACUUCCCGCUUGACCCCAAGCGCACGGAGUAUCAUCGUGCCGUGGUGACGGCGUCGCGGUCUGAUGGGCGCUUGUAUGCGACUAGUACUGGAGUUGAGGGGGCUGGGCAGCGAAGCUCCAAGGUUGGGAGUCUUGCUAAGGCUAAUGCUUUGGUGGUGUUGCGCACUGGGAGGGGUGUUGCUAUAAAGGGGGAGAUUGUGGAGGCUUUGUUGAUGGGUGAUGUGCAUGGCUCUGAUACUAGGAUUAUUUGUUAG